AUGCGGCGCACCUAUUCGCAGCCAGCCGCUGCUGCGAUAAUUAAAAACGCGGCACGUCUGCGCCGGCGCCGACGUCGGCACCGAUGCUGUCGGGACGCCCCGGGCGACGCCGACGCCGACGCCGCCACCGACGCCGCCGCCGACGCCGCCGACGCCGUCGCUAACGAGGCGCCGCGGUCCGGCUCCGGUGGCGUAGCGCCCCCGCAGGCGUGCGACACCGGAGACGGCGGCGGCGGCGGCGGCGGCGGUGUGGGAGACGUGACGCGCGCACCGGAAGCACCCACACCCACACCCUGGUCCCCCCAUCCCCCUCGCGGAAAGCGAUACGGCCGCUCCACGCCGCCUGCAGCGCCCCGCGCCGCGCUGUGUCAGUUCCCACCCGCUGCCUCUCCGCCGCUCCGCAGACGUGUCAACAACAGCCGCGUGUGCCGCUUUCACAUUCCAGAUCGCGUGCCGCGGGGCGGACUUUGUAGCGUUGCACCGGCCGGCGGUGCGCGGCCAGCCUUUGUGGCAGAGCGCCCGCGGCAGGCGGCGGCGGCGGCGGCGGCGGCGGCAGCGGCAGCGGCGCCUAAUUACCGCACGGGCCACGGCCGGCCCAGGCGCCGCGCCCCGCGUUUUCCACGUCCCUGGACAAACAAAUAG